UAAAAAGCUAACGUUAGCAGGGGGAGGGUCUGUUUUGUGUAGAGUAAACAAGAUAAAGCCAGUUACAGUAACAACUGGCGAAGUCCUGGCGAAACGGAGCAGCGCUACUUUCACAGACCAAAAAUGCAGUCUGUGGUCAAACAAAACCUCCAUUCAGAGACUGAAGGAGACAUCAACAAGCUCAUCAACCUGAAGCUCAAUGCAUCCUACGCCUACCUGGCUCUGGGUAUGUAUUUUGACAGGGAUGAUGUAGCCCUGCCGAAAUUCUCUACUUUUUUCCUGGAGCGCUCGGUGAAGGAGAGGGAACAGGCUGAGAAGCUGCUGGAAUAUCAGAACAUGAGAGGAGGACGGAUUUUGCUUCAGACCAUUGCCAAACCAAGUAGAGAGGAUUGGAGAGGUGGUCUGGACGCAAUGUCCUUUUCCCUGGACUACCAGAAAUCCAUGAACACGUGUAUUCUUGAUGUGCACCGCAGAGCUGGUGUGUGCUCUGACCCUCAUCUAUGUGACUUCCUCGAGCAGCACUUCCUCACCGACAGCCACGACACCAUCAAGAAGCUUGGCGAUUAUGUUGGCAGUCUGACCCGCAUCACAGCUUCUGAGACACACGGCCCUAUGGGAGAAUACCUCUUUGAUAAGCACACUCUGUAAAGGUCACUCCGGUACAGUUAAAUAAGCUCCACAUUUAAAAGAAUAUAUUGAGUUCAGAGGGCAUAUCCCUCACACACUGUGCUCUACUCCAUUACAAAACGUACAAUAUUUUUACCGUUUACGAGUAACAUCUUGUACAAAUGGUGCGAGAAAAGGUCAAAGCAAAAUAACAAAAAAUACCUCAAUUUUUCUUGAAAAACAACACUCAGAAAAUAAUGUUCUCAUUAAGAUGGUGCUAAAACUACCAUUUUCCUCAGCUGUUAAAAUGAGGCACUCGUCCAUUUCGACUCAGUUGUAUCAUGUGUCAUGCAUUCCACUUGUCAGAGGUUUUAACAUUCACCAAUAUUUUUUAAAAUGAGUCAAAUAAUUUAAAGAUUUGGAAUAUCACUGAACAGUUGAAUAAAGCCAGAUUUUGCUGACAAA